AUGGCCGACAGCUGCUGUACCAGGACAUGUGUCAUUGCCGCCUCCACCCUCUCCAUCUGCUCCAGCGACCUGGGGAGAGGCAGCCGGGUCUGCACACCCAUUGCUUGCAGUGACACCUGGCAGGUGGACAAUGGUCAGGAGAGCUGCUGCGAGCCCCCCUGCUGCGCCCCCAGCUGCUGCCAGCCCAGCUGCUGUGCCCCAGCCCCCUGCCUGAGCCUCAUCUGCACCCCAUGCUGCCAGUCAGGCUGCACCAGCUCCUGCACGCCCACGUGCUGCCAGCAGUCCAGCUGCCAGCCGGCUUGCUGCUCCUCCUCCUGCCAGCCGUCCUGCUGCGUGCCCGCCUGCUGCACACCCGUCUGCUGCACACCUGUCUGCUGCAAACCUGUCUGCUGCACUCCUGUCUGCUCAGGCACCUCCUCCUCCUGCUGCCAGCAGUCUAGCUGCCAGCUGACUUGCUGCUCUUGCUCUCCCUGCCAGUCAUCCUGCUGCACACCUGCCUGCUGCACACCUGUGUGCUGCAAGCCUGUCUGCUGCACACCUGUCUGUUGCAAGCCUGUGUGCUGCACACCUGUCUGCUGCAGGCCAGUUUCCUGCACACCCGCCUGCUCAGGCACCUCCUCCUCCUGCUGCCAGCAGUCUAGCUGCCAGCCUGCAUGCUGCUCCUGCUCCCCCUGCCAGCCGUCCUGCUGCAUAUCCAUCUGCUGCAAGCCUGUCUACUGCAAGCCCUCCUGCUCCUCCGUGUCCCUGCUCUGCCGCCCCGCCUGCCCCCGCCCGGCCUGCUGUGGCCUCUCCUUGGGCCAGAAGUCCUGCUGCUGA